UUUCGAUUCUAUAGUCUGUGUGUGCACCAGCCCUGAAAAUGCUGCUGCAACUUAGGUCCCGCCUCUUAAACCCUAAUUUCUCCUCUUUCCUCACCUUACCAUCGCCUUAUCCUCCUUACAAACCUCCUCAAUUUACGCUCUCAUUUCGCGCCUUCAUUCAUCAGAGGCCAAAUUCCCGGCAAGCCGCCGCUGCCAAGUCCCCGGGCCCGGCGCCCGUCUCCGACGCCGCCCAAUUCGUUCGGACGGUGCUCUUUGUGCCGCCGGGCGUCGACCCGGAUGACGUCACCGAUGACAUGGUCCUGCCCGGGUCGAAUAUCGUGCUCGGGCCUUACGCUGGGGACGCCAAAAUCAAAGAGGUGGAUUUCGUCAAGAGCAGUAACAGGCCGAAGGACUGCCCGAAAGACGCCCGCCCGGAAUUCGCCAUGUUGGGCCGAUCGAAUGUCGGCAAGUCUUCUCUUAUUAACUUUUUGGUGCGGAAAAAGGAUGUCGCUCUUACUUCCAAGAAGCCAGGAAAGACUCAAUUGAUUAAUCAUUUCUUGGUUAACAAGAGCUGGUACAUUGUGGAUUUGCCUGGAUAUGGCUUUGCGAAUGCCCCUGAAUCGGCAAGAAUGGAUUGGUCAUCUUUCACCAAAGGUUACUUUUUAAACCGAGAAACUCUCGUUUCUGUCCUACUUCUGGUUGACGCAAGUGUUCCGCCUCAGAAAGUCGACCUGGAUUGUGCAAAUUGGCUUGGGCGUAAUAAUAUACCCAUGACUUUUGUUUUCACAAAGUGCGAUAAGAUGAAAGGAAGCAAGGGAAGAAGGCCAGAUGAGAACAUUCGAGAUUUCCAAGAGAUCAUCAGACAGAACUAUCGGCAGCAUCCUCCAUGGAUUAUGACGAGUAGUGUCACAGGGUUGGGGAGAGACGAGCUUCUUCUUCACAUGUCGCAGCUUAGAAACUAUUGGGAUAAUGAGUAGUGUUAGAUGAAUGAAAUGCAAAUGGCUUGUGUUCUGGGAUUUCACAUCUUUUUGUUUUUCAGGCUUGGGGACUUGCAAAGUUACUUUUUUUUGUCUCUUGUUUGUUCUAUAUAUAGUUAUACUGCUUCAGUUGAAUUAUUCCAUGAUGCUAUCGUUGAGAUGGAUCCCGUGACACCUGAUAUCUAGCCCUUGUAUAUAUGUUUAUUUUGACGGUCUAACUGAAUAAUCGAGCAGUUGUUUACCUUGUCGACUUCUAAUUUUGCAAUUUACCAUAAGGACUGUG